UUUGUCAAUGCAGGAGUCAGGUGGUCUAAGCCAAGAUGGGUUGCAGGGACAAGGGACGGUCUCUACAACGAGCGCACCAGUGGCUCGUCAAAAGCCAAGGGUCAGGGCUAGAAGAGGCCAAGCAACAGAUCCUCAUAGCAUCGCUGAGCGGUUGAGAAGGGAACGUAUUGCUGAGAGAAUGAAGUCUCUUCAAGAACUUGUUCCCAACACCAACAAGACGGAUAAAGCAUCAAUGCUGGACGAGAUCAUAGAGUACGUUAGGUUCCUUCAGCUUCAAGUCAAGGUACUAAGCGUGAGCAGAUUGGGAGGUGCGAGGGCAGCUGGUCCAGGCAAUGGUCUCACCUCCGAGCUUGGAGGACGUCUCAACGCCCUCUCUGGACCCAGCAAUGGCACAAACGGAAACGGCACAGGAUCAUCCAAUGAGAACUUAAGGUCAACAGAACAGAGAGUUGCAAAGCUGAUGGAAGAAGACAUGGGAUCUGCAAUGCAGUAUCUACAAGGGAAGGGGCUUUGUUUAAUGCCAAUCUCUCUCGCAACUGCAAUAUCAUCAUCAUCUACAACAUCUAACCAUUCUCGUGGAGCUCUCUUCAACCCUAGCUCGAAUGUAGUAACGGCAGAGGAAGCAAAUGCAGCCGUAGUAGCAGCAGCAGCUGCUGCAACUGCACCAGAAGCCUCCUCUACUAUGGAUGAUGAUGAUGAUGUAUCUGCCUCCAAGGCAUGA